UCACUUCAUCUCCAAGGCCACUAAGGAUAGAAUGCACUUCCUUCUCCAAGUCGUUGCAGUAUCAGCUGUCCUCAAUUCCGUAUUGUGUGGAAAUGCCUACACAAAAUAUAGUUACCGUGACUACGGAAAAUACCGCCUUGGUGAACUGUCAGGAUCAAACCGCUUGAUUUCAUCACUAGUGCUUCCCAGAAUGAGUCCGUUGGAAUCAGUACACUUGGGGUCAGGACUAGCCCCACGUAUACGUAGAUUGAAAUCAGUCAGCUUAGGGUCAGGGUUACGUGGUUUGCGUUCACCGUAUCUCGGUCCAAGAAUUAGUGGUUUAAAAUCUGUACGUUUGGGUUCAACACUAGGCAGUGUCAGUUCACCUUAUCUGACUCCAAGUGUAGGUACCUUAAAAUCUCUGCGUUUGGGUUCAACACUAGGCAGUGUCAGUUCACCUUAUCUGACUCCAAGUGUAGGUACCUUAAAAUCACUGCGUUUUGGUUCAACACUAGGCAGGGUCAGUUCACCUUAUCUGACUCGAAGUGUAGGUAGUUUGAAAUCAUUACGUUUGGGUUCAAAACUAAGCCGUGUCAGUUCACCUUAUCUGACUCGAAGUGUAGGUAGCUUGAAAUCAUUGCGUUUGGGUUCAACACUAGGCAGGGUCAGUUCACCUUAUCUUACUCGAAGUGUAGGUAGCUUGAAAUCAUUGCGUUUGGGUUCAAACCUAGGCAGUGUCAGUUCACCUUAUCUGCCUCGAAGUGUAGGUACCUUAAAAUCACUGCGUUUGGGUUCAACAUUAGGCAGGGUCAGUUCGCCUUAUCUGCCUCAAAGUGUAGGUACCUUAAAAUCACUGCAUUUGGGUUCAAAACUAGGCAGGGUCAGUUCACCUUAUCUGACUCGAAGUGUAGGUAGCUUGAAAUCAUUGCGUUUGGGUUCAAAACUAGGCAGGGUCAGUGCACCUUAUCUGACUCGAAGUGUAGGUAGCUUGAAAUCAUUGCGUUUGGGUUCAAAACUAGGCAGAGUCAGUUCACCUUAUAUGACUCCAAGUGUAGGUACCUUAAAAUCAUUUCGUUUGGGUUCAGGACUUGACAGUGUAAGUUCACCUUAUAUGAGUCCUAGUAUAUAUAAGUUGAAAUCAACAAAUUUGGGCUUAGGAAUAGGUAACAUGCGUUCCUCUCAUCUGGGUCAAAGAUUACGUGACCUGAAAUCCCCAUAUAUUCGAUCUGGUAUGAUAUUAGACGAUAGAAGAGGAAGUAUGCUCGCUGCUGAUUUUGAAGACGAGUCAACUUCUGGAAGUUUCAUUGGGAACUCUGUAGAUUUCGAUGAUUUUCCUACCUCAGCAGUUUCUACACAGCUAGAGAGUGUGGCCCCCGCCUUUGCAGGGUAUAGAGAUGUUAGUGAAUAUGAUAGACAUUAUCGAUUUUCUGAUGAUGAUCUCUACGACAACACAUUAGCGAGACACGAUAGCGUGGAUCCAAGUUUAAUGGGUGGAUCGGAUUUGUCGUCCCUGACAUAUUCCAAAAUAUUUUCCGGACCAGCAGUUUCUGAACAGGUAGCAAAUACGGGGCUGGCCGUGACUGGGUAUGAUGAUGACUAUGACGCAGGUUAUGGACUUGAGGGGCAAUCAGUUGGUGAUGGUAUGCAUUACGAGUACGGAUACAGUGGAACGAUGCAACCUGGUGAAUCUUCUUUCUCUACCAUAAAGUACACCAAUCCAAUUAGAAAAUAUGCAUCCAAACUUGUGAUAUGAUAGCUUAUGCGGUUUGUCCACAUUCUGGUACAUUUAAUCAGAAAUUAAAAUGAUUGCAAAAGUCG